AAGAAUGUCAACACUGACGUCGACUUGUCGUAUCGUAGGAUUCUAGGAUUCGUAGGUGAAAAAGAAAAAAUAAAUACUUUAAAUUUGUUGAACUAUUUGGAAACAAUAUUAUUGUAAUAAAAUGGAGUUGAGAGAUAUAAACUACAACAAAAGUGAUUACGUUGAAACUGCUUCUGGAAACAAAGUUUGUAGACAGACUGUCCUGUGUGGUUCUCAGAAUAUUAUUCUACAAGGAAAAGUAAUUGUACAAUCAGAAGCAAUCAUAAGGGGUGAUUUAGCCAAUGUGAAAACUGGAAGGUAUUGUAUCAUCAGCAAAGAAGCAGUUUUGAGACCACCAUACAAAAAGUUCAGCAAAGGAGUGGCAUUCUUUCCUCUUACCAUGGGUGAUCAUGUGUAUGUUGGAGAAAAAUCAUUAGUUAAUGCUGCUAUUGUAGGGAACUAUGUAUACAUUGGAAAGAAUUGUGUUAUUGGUCGUCGAUGUACUUUAAGAGAUUGUUGUGUCAUUGAAGAUAACACUAUUUUAGCUCCAGAAACAGUUGUGCCACCAUUUACAAGAUAUAGUGGAUCACCUGGUAGUUGUAUUGGUGAUUUGCCAGAGUGUCAGGCAGAUUUGAUGGUAGACUUUACUAGGAGUUAUUAUCAGCAUUUUCAACCCACAAAGUUGAUAUGAAUUAAUUUAGGCUUAAGCAGCAAAGAGUAUGGCAUUUCUGCUUGCACAUCAUUUUGAUGGAAUUUACAUUUAUUUAUUAUUAUGAAUUUUAUACCAGUGUUUAUAUUUUCAUUCAUUUGGACUCCACAAUCAUUCAGAUGGGAUUCUCAAAAGAACCAAAGUAGUGUUCUUUAGUUUAAUUGAAUAAAAAUCAUUGAACUAAGGAAUUAACAUUUAUUUACUCUUGACUUGCAUCAACAUUCUCAGUUUGAAGGCCCUUGAAAGUUGCUACUGGAACAUAGGUGAUGAGAGUGUAAAGUUUAUUCACAGAGUCUUCAUCAUCAUUCCUUCUCCUGGAGAGCCUCACUCGUACACGAAAAGGAACAUUUCUAAAAAAAAAUGAUUAUGAGUAGGUUCUCCUAAUGGUUUUGGGGAAAACAUGGGGUGUUUUCAAAUCAGACAAAGAAAUAAUCAUGGACUUCUCUGGAUUAGAUAUCAAGCUUGAAAAUAAUUGUCUAGUGACAGUGAAAUAUGACUAAUUGCUCAGGGUACUCUUAUGUUAUGGAAACAAUAGUUAUGAGGGCACAAUCUAUUUACAUAUACAUAGGUAUUUUAGGUAUACUGACCUGAUUCCUUUGGACCAUAACUGC